AUGAAAAAAGAAGAAAAAAAAGAAAAUAAAAAAAGAGAGCAAAAUCAGAUAAGUUCGAAAAAAUGGAAUGAGUGGCUAGCGGGAUUAAUAGACGGCGCUGGUAAAUUUACAUUAAGUAAAUCCGGUUAUGCCAAUUUAGAUAUUCUAUUGGAGCUUCGAGACGAAAAAUGUCAUAUUGAGCUAAAACAGCGAUUUGGAGGCGAGAUAAAAAGAAAAGAGACAACACUUAUACGUUAUCGAGUACAUCGUUUAUAUGGAAUAAGACAAUUAAUAGCUUGUGUAAAUGGGCAUAUUAGACAUCCGCUACGAAAAAUAGAGUUUAAAGAAAUUUGUAUGCAUUAUAAUGUUGAGUAUAAAGAGCCAGAAACCUUAACAUUUGCAAAUGGAUGGCUAAGUGGAUAUUUUGAUGCUGUAGGUUUAAUUGAAUUUUCUACUGAGCAAGAUCAAUUAUAUUUAGCAUUUCGUCAUAAAAAAAAUACAAUGUUAAAUGAACUAGAAAUACAAAAGUGUUUAGGUGUAAAUCUCACUUGUGAGCAAAAUGGAUGUUCAUGUGAAAGUGUGACGUUAUAUAAGAUAAAUAAAAAGACUGUGUUAAGUUUAUAUAAAUAUUUUAAAAAGUAUCGAUUGAGAAGUAGUAUUAAAACAACGCAGAUUUUAUUAAUACCACAAUUUUAUGAAAUACAAAACGAGACAAAGGAGAUAAACGAUAUGCAAGUAAAGCAAAAGUUAUGGAAACAAUUUUUUAAGAAAUGGUAUGUAGACGAAAUGGUUAAAUAUGAGAGUGUAAAGCUAGCCAACUACUAUAAAUCCAAAACAAGUCCUGAAAAACGCGUCAAAAAACUUAUAAAAUUAAAAUUUCACAGAAAUGAAAGAAUUAGAAAAAGAGCAGAAAGAUUAGAAUUGCAGAAAGAGAAAGAAAAGAAAGCCUAG